AUGGGAGAGCAGUGCCACUUCCGUGUGAACGCUUUUAUCGUUAUGGAGAGCUACAUCUUCACCCACUCAAGGGUGAUGUUUCAGAAUGAACAAAUCAGAGAGCUGCAUCAAACCGUCCUGGCCCUCUCAGGCCUCAGCAUACAGGUGCAAAUGGCCCCUGAGAUCCAGGUCUACGUGUCCUUGCCUAAAGAGCAAAAUGGAACCACCACAGAAAUAUUUGCUGAUGAGCACUGUGACCAGCUGAGGGAUCCUCAUGGGAUAUUCAGCUUCUGCCACAGUCAUGUUCCAUACGACCACUAUUAUCAGGUACACACCAUCAUGUUCCAUACGACCGCUAUUAUCAGGCCUGCCUCAGUAAAACAUGCCACUGCCACUGUGUUCUGUGACUACUAUAACAGGGAGGGUCAAUCUAGCUGGCACUAUGACCCCUGCGGAAAAGUACCAACCUGUGGAAGAAACUACAACUUCAAUGUCAAACUGGAAGGCUGCUACCCCAGGUGUCCAGCAGAGGCGCCAUACUAUGAGAACACCAGGAACUGCACCACACAGAAGAACUGCACCUGCCUCUUCAAUGGUAUAGUCCUAAGACAUGGCACUCAAGUGAGCACGCCCAGUGGACACUGCACAUGGACAGAUGGAACCAUGGACUAUGAGCCAGAUCCUACAACAACACCACCAACAACACCCACAACAACCACAACCACAGAACCACCAACUACAACAGAAACAACAAUAUCAACCACAGAACCACCAACUACAACAGAAACAACAACCACAGCCACAGAACCACCAGCUACAACACAAAUAACAAUCUCAACGACAGAACCAUCAACCACAACCACAGAACCACCAACUACAACAGAAACAACAACCACAACCACAGAACCUCCAACUACAACAAAAACAACAAUCUCAACCACAGAACCACUAACUACAACAGAAACAACAACCACAUCCACAGAACCACCAACACCAACUACAAUAUCAAUAAGAACCUUAACCACAGAACCACCAACUACAACAGGAACAACGAUCUCAACCACAGAACCACCAACUACAACAGAAACUGUGGAACCAUCAACAGCUACUACAAUAUUUUUUUGUAAUUCACAUUUUUUUAUUUUCAAACAUAGUGCAAAAUAACAGUUACACUCUAGGUAUUUAAACCAAUACUGUAAUACAUUAUAUCAAGUACAUCCUUACACACUACAUUAUCACACAACAACAACAACAAAAACAAACAAACAAAAAAAACAUACACAACAUAGCCGCACAGCAGGUUCUCUCUCUUCCCCCUCUCCCCCAACACACACCAUAAUACACAAUAUCACACAUUAUCAUAUACAUCAAUUGUUAUCACAACUUAUUUUCUACUGAUCCCCAUCUUUAAUAUAUGUCAGGAAACUACCCCACAUAGCAGAGAACUUUGACACUGAGUCUCUCACUUUAGCAAGCAUUAGUUUGUAAGAGGCAGUACUUGCCAUGAGCUCAAUCCAGUCCUUGUAAGAAGGUGUACUUAUACUUUUCCAUUUCCUUAGAAUAACCUUAGCUGCAUUAAGGAAGCCUGCAAGAGCUAGCCCAAACUGUGCCUUGAGUCCAGUUGUUAGCACUGUUUGAUCACCAAGCAGGCAUAGCCUAGGUGAACUUGGCAAGGGCUGCUCCAGCCACUCCUCCAUAGCUCCAAUCACUUGAGCCCAAAAAAGGGGAGAUCAGUUGACAGUCCCACAUGAGAUGUAGAAAAGUACCCACAUUUCCAGCAUUUGUCGCUUUUAAUUAAACCAAGUUUCUUAAGUCUAACAGGUGUUUCUUAAGUCUAAUAUCUCUCACUGGCCAACCCAUGUUAUGCACAAUAUUAUCCCAAACCUCUUGUUCCAACUCAAGACCUAAGUCCUUCUGCCAUAAUAACCUCAGAUUCUCACUUUUACCAUAAAGAGCAUUAGCAGCCAUUUUAUAAAAAACAGAGGAUGACUGCACCAUCUUAGGCAGCUUCAAGAAACUC